AUGGGUCUCCUCAGGCCGGUAGCGUCCGCGCUGGCGACGCUGUCGGGCCGCAGGCGAGCUCGCGGCGCGCGGUGCGGGGAGGAGGGGCGCGGCGUGGCCGCGCAGGACGAGCCGGAGAGGCAGUCGAGCUUUGAUCGAGAGUCGGGAACAAGCACGACUUCGACUGAUGCGUCCAGCGGCGAGGCGCUCGCGUCCGGCGGCGAAGCGCGCCAGAGCGAGAUUUCGCUGCGGGACCUGCCCGCUCGCGGCCAGCGCGGCUCCGAAGAAGACACGGAAGCCGCGAAAUUUCAGACGAAGAACAGUGACUGCUUGCGCAGUCCGCAACUCGAGUUCACGGAGCAGAACGCGCGCGCGUCGCACCGGCGCAAGGCGAGCUCCUCGAGCUACUGCUGCGCCACGGCGACGGUCCCGAGUUCCCCCGCGGCCGCCACACCCCCUCUCCACUCCCCCGCCGCGGCCAAAGCGCUGCCAUCGACCGAGCAGGAGCCCGACGACGCCCCGGCGCGCGCACGCAGCGGCGCAGCCACACAGAAACCGCUUCGCCGGUCCCUGGAGAGCGCCGUCGGGCAGCCGCGACCGGCGCAGCUCGAAACAAGGGACGUGGAGCUUGUUGCGAGAAUGAUCGAAAGCGUCGCGAAGGGCGAACGCAUGAGCCGCGCGGUGGCGUGCCUGACGCGGAUGAGUGUGCUGAACCCGGCCGCCAUCGCGUCCGCAAAGGCGCCGGGCCGCACGACGCUGCUGCACGCGGCAGCGGUGACGCCAGCGCCAGGGCACGGCGCGCUGCUGUCGGUGCUCGCGGUGGCCGCGGGCGUGGACCCCGCGGCGCGGAACGAGCAGGGCCGGACCGCGCUGAUGCUUGCGGCGGCGCGGGGGAGCACGGCCGUCCUCAGGACGGCAAUUGAGUCAGCGUCCUCUCCGUCUGACAUAGUCAUGGUGCGGGACGUGCGGGGCCGCACGGCGCUGCACUACGCCGCGGAGGGCCUUCAUGCAGUGGCGAUCGCCGUGCUUCGCGCCGCCGGGCACCCGACGACGGUGCUUGACGUCAGGGGGGUGUCCGCGCAGGACUUGCUGCGUCAGGCGGGGCUGAGGGCGGACUCCAUCGACGAGCACAAGCGGGUGUGGGAGUGCAUCCUCGCGCUCGACUACGGCGCGUGA